AUGGAUGACACUAAUCAAUUGCUUAACUGUGAAAUCAGUGUUUGUUACAUAACAAAUUACAACUUACCACUUACAGUUGCAUAUCGUUUAGAACCAUUAUUAUUGAAACAUUAUGCUAAUAUUAGCCCUGUUGUUAUACCGAAAGCAUCAAUUAGUCAUUUAGAAAAAUGUUUAUCAAUUAAAGAUAUUUCACUUAUUAAUAAUAAUAAUAACAACAACAAUAAAUCAAAUCAAUCAGAUAGUCAAACACCAACAUUAAAAGGUUCUAAUACAUCAUUAACAGCAAUUGAUGAUAUUGAAUCAACACAUUCAAUGCAUACAUUGGAUUUAUCUGAUUCAGAUAGUGAUUCAUCUGAUCUAUCAUCAAAUGAUGCUAGUGGUAGUCAUGGUUCUGAUCAUAAAGAACAAAAAAGAAAAUUUUUCAAACGUUUAAGUGUUGUGGAUGAAAAUUCCGUUUAUAAACAACAUCAAUCAUUAGCAAUGAAAAUAUUCAGUAAUUAUAUAACUAGACGAUCAUCUAAUGUAACUAAUUUAAAUCCAAUAUUAUGUCAAAUGCGUUCAAUGCCAACAACAAAUGAAAAACAACUUCGACGUCGUGUUGAUUAUGAAUGGCAAAAAUCAUUUUCACCACUUGCUAUAUUAGGUGCACAUAAUAGUUAUUGGAGUAGUCAUGAAUUAGCAUUUUUUAUGCUUUAUCAAAUAUUUGGACCACCACAUACUUUACGUUAA